GAAAUAGUCUCGAAGAAGUAAUGCAAAGUGCAAUGGCGAUAGCAAUUUCACUGUUUUAGUUAUGAAAAUGCCAUCUGCAGUCAUGAUGUCUGAAAAUUUUGACAAACUUCUGGAGCAAUGCGAAACACAAGAGUUAGAGGCACCUGGUGGAAUUGCCACCCCACAAGUCUAUUCACAACUACUAGCUCUUUAUCUGCUGCACAACGACAUGAACAAUGGUAGAUAUCUUUGGAAGAGGAUCCCUCAAGCUAUCAAAACAGAUUUGCAGGCGAACCCCGAGCUGGCCGCGGUGUGGACAGUGGGUCAGCACAUCUGGCAGAGAGACUUCCCGGGGAUCUACACGGCCAUCGCCGCAUUCCAGUGGUCUGAGAGCAUCGGGCCCAUAAUGGAGGCGCUGCAAGAGUCCACCCGCAGGAGAGCCUAUGGGCUCGUAGCUCAGGCUUACACCUCCAUCAUGGCGGAAGACUUUGCUGCGUUUGUGGGGUACUCUGUGGAGGACGCUGUGAAAGGAGUGGUCAGCCAAGGCUGGCAGGCAGACCCCAACACACGGAUGGUGAUGCCGCAGAAGCCAGAUCCGCCCCCUGUCUCUCUGGUUCCAAACGAACAGCAGCUGGCCAGACUCACUGACUACGUGGCUUUCCUUGAGAACUGAUAAACGGCCUCCCCUCCUGCUCCUCCUCCUCCUCCUCCUCUCCCUACGCCUUGGCCACCUCACAGAUGACACUGCGAGAGUCAUCUUCUCUCUCCCCAAUCUGGCCCAGAAGGACAUCUCGGACUCUGCCAUCCACUUUGAUGUCCACACGCCAUGGUUCAAUACACAGCCCAGUCUGCAGUGUCCCCCCCCCCUUCAGAUAUUCACCCCAGCUUGGUCUAUACUAGGACCUGUUUUUUUUUCUUUUUUUUUUUUUUUCAAUUUUUAUCUUUUGUUUGCUGUCUUCAUGAUGUGGAAGGUCAAGGCGACGCAGAAGGAUGUCGUAAACUGUUGUGAUGUUUAAUGCUAUCGUAACAGCAUUGAUGAAGGGUAACUUUGUUUCCCAUAAAAUGCAUCUGAACAUCAAACUGCUCUGUGUUUUGGCAGUUGUUAGGCACCAUUAUUUGUGUGGUCUACAGCUGUGUUGAAUCUCUCUGAACAGUUUCUGAUUAAAGCUUGUGAGAUACA